AUGGAGCUGGCAGGUUUCAGUUCUUUUUAUGCCAAUAAUUACUGCAAUCAACAUAAAUCAGCUGCUGUCAUUUCAGCGUUGGACUCGCCAGGCGGUAGUUGUUCAAGAUCGUCGAAUCACGCAAGUCCUAUGCGAAAUCUGAGCAGCGCUCAUGGAGGACUAUACGUUUCCGCUCCUGGAAAGAUUAUUUUAUUCGGCGAACAUGCCGUGGUCUAUGGACGGACGGCAAUCGCUGGCUCGAUUGAUCUGCGAACGUACGUGAGCCUUUUCACCUCAGCAGAUGGCCGAAUCUACUUGAGUUUACCGGAUCUUGGCGUUGAGAAGACUUGGCUCCUCAAGGAUCUUAUAAAGGCAGCAGAUCGGCUUGCAGCCGAACAUCCUGUCGAAGAGGAACAGCCUCCAUCACUGGAACUUCUUGUACCAAUCGCUCGGAAGCUGUCCGGUUCAUGUGAGGAUCAAUGCGGUGUACAGCACCUUGCCAUUCUGGCUUUCUGGUAUCUCCUCCUCGGUGUCGCACAUAGAAAAAGGGAUCUACUUGCUGUCAAGGCUACAGUUCGCUUUAAAUUGCCCAGUUGUGUAGGGCUGGGUUCAUCGGGUGCCUAUUGCGUAUGCAUUGCUACCGCUCUCCUACAAACCAGCGGUCUCAUUCCUUCACCAUCGAUUGUUACUGACGAAGAUGGUAGUUUAACGUGGGAGGAUCAGCAUUUGGAUAUGAUCCGAAAAUGGGCUACGGCUGCCGAGUCCCUGAUUCACGGUCGCGCAUCUGGUCUCGAUGCAGCCGUGUGCACGUACGGAGGCGUGGCAAGUUUCAAGCCCGGUACCCGAAUCGAACACCUGAAAAACCUCCCAGAUCUUCGUGUGAUUCUGGUUAAUUCAAAGGUGGAGCGAAACACCUCACGGAUGGUGCAGACAGUCAAGGAAAGACUAAAAAAGUUCCCCGAUGUGGUCGAAGGAAUAUUUACGUCAAUUGACGCAAUUUCACGGGAAGCAGCCAAGAUUCUGCAUCGACCACCAGAAGAAAAUGGCGAAACGCUGGACAAGCUUGUGAAUGGCGGCCACGGCACGUCCGUUCCAGACAACGAUCACCACUCACUUCAGCCGAAUCGUGGCGGAAGCGUGCGUUCGUCGACGUUCUCCUCGUAUGUGGCUGGCGGCAAGCGUGGCAGCUCGGCUUCUGCGGUUUCCGCAACAUCAGACAAAGGAGAACUCGUCGACACGUUCAGCAAGCUUAACGAUCUCUGUCGAAUAAAUAAUCAACUAUUAAUUGGAUUGGGUGUCGGCCAUCCAAAAGUGGACCAGAUUUGCACCACUCUCGCCAGAUAUGGUAUUCACCCGAAAAUGACCGGUGCGGGUGGAGGCGGAUCCGUAUUCGCGUUCCUUAAGCCAGACACACCACAAACGCUACUGGACAUGAUCAGCGGCGAGUUGAUAAAGCUCGGCUAUGAGGUUUGGCAACCACCGCUGGGUGGUCCUGGAGUCAUUGAGCACCAGCGACGACCCGACCUCUUCCUGACGCCGACGCCGUCGACGACAUGCUCGACCCCUGCGUCCAAGCAUAAGUAG